AUGGUAUUUGACCGGGGGAUUGUCACGCAGGAAAUGAUAAAUGAACAAUAUGCUGGCUCUGGCACCGAACAGAACCCCUUCAAGGUCUCAUGGAUCUCGGACGAUCCUCUCUAUCCUAUGGCCUAUCAUACAUCCUCUAAAUGGGCUCUUCUCUCUCUCGUUUCUCUGGCCUUUUUUACAGUGUCGCUGGUAUCGUCCAGCUACUCAGGCGGCAUGGGAGAGAUUGUCGAUUUUUUCCAAACUAGCGAGGAAAUUGCUACCCUUGGUAUUUCGUUUUAUGUUAUUGGUUUUGCGCUUGGUCCUUUAUUUCUGGCACCUCUAAGUGAGCUCUACGGACGCCGUCCGACAUGUAUCUUCAGUGCUGCGGCAUUAACGGCAUUCACUGCUGGCACAGCAGGCGUGCAGAACAUAGAGUCUCUAAUCAUCCUUCGUUUUCUUGCCGGUAGCCUUGGUUCCGCUCCGAUGGCUGUUUCGGGGGGCGUCGUUGCCGACACAUUCCCUGCAGUGAGUCGAGGACUAGCCAGCGGGCUUAAUGCUGCAGCACCAUUUCUGGGACCAACGAUUGGCCCUAUCGUUGGGGGAUUUUUGGCUGCUAGCGGAGGCUGGCGGUGGGCACAGGGCUUCUUAGCUGCCUUUUCUGGUGCUAUACUUGUGGCAACUGUCUUUCUGCAGCCUGAGACCUACGCGCCGGUGCUCUUGCGACAGCGAGCGGAGACACUAUCCAGGAUUACUGGUCGUGUGUAUUGUAGCACACUUGACAUGGAGGGAAGAAAUGCUUCCACCAGCGAAGCAUUGAAGAUAGCCCUUUCCCGGCCAUUUGUGCUACUCUUUCGCGAGCCUAUUGUUUUCCUUCUGUCUUUAUACCUCGCUAUUAUAUACGGCACGCUGUAUAUGUUUUUCACGGCCUACCCUAUUGUCUUCCAGCAAGUCCGCGGCUGGAGUAAGGGUAUUGGUGGGCUAUCCUUCCUAGGCAUUCUGGUUGGGAUACUGUUCGCGCUGGCUUACAUAUUCCUUAUACAUUUCCAAUACAAGAAGAAAACACUUCAAGCACAAGGGCGUCUACCUCCUGAGGAGCGCCUACCUGCCAGCUUUAUAGGAAGUGUUGCCCUCCCAGUUAGCCUCUUUUGGUUUGCCUGGACCAAUUCGCCUUCCACCCACUGGAUAAUACCAAUAUCGGCAGGGGUGCCCUUUGGAUAUGGCAUGGUAAUGGUGUUCAUGCCGGUUCUUAACUACUUGAUUGACUCCUACACCAUCUACGCCGCUUCUGUGACAGCAGCGAACUCCUUGAUACGAUCUCUAUUCGGUGCACUCUUUCCGUUGUUCACUGGCUAUAUGUACCGAGGAUUGGGCAUACAUUGGGCAUCCUCAGUUCCUGCGUUCCUUGCUUUGGCGUGUGUUCCAAUGCCGUUCUUGUUCCACAAAUACGGUGCGCGAAUCCGUAGACGAUGUCACUACGCAGCCGAGGCCGAUGCAUUCAUGAGCCGUCUGCUCAAGAGUACCAAGACGGACACGCGGCAGAAAUCAAAGGGGAACCAAGAAACCAUUGAUCUGGAAACGGUGGAUUCAGUGGUUAAUGAGGAGAGGCUUGAUAUCGGAGGAAUGGCUGAUAUUACACUCCACGAAAUCGCCCAUACUCCAAACAAUCGAACCUCCUGGGAUUCGAGAGCAAUAUCAAAUCACUCACUUGUCUGA